AUGCCGCCGUCGAUGCUGCAGCAGCUGCUGCAGCAGAUAGAGGCAUUCGAAGCAAAGCUGCAGCAGCUGCUGCUGCAGCAGCAGCAGCUGCGUGCAGCACUACACCAUAAACACAGCGCACCGUCGUUGAUGCAGCAGCAGCAGCUGCUGCAGCAGCAGCAGGAGGAAAAGCAGCAGCAGCACGAACAGCAGCAACCGCAGGGUGGACUGCAGCAGCAGCAGCUGCAGCAGCAGCUGCAGCAGCAGGAAGAAGAACAGCCUGAGGUGUCAAUUGAGAUAUACCCAGGUACCAAUGAGGCGCUUGCUGCUGCUGCUGCUGCUGCUGCUGCUGCUGCUGCUGCGCUUGAAGACGCUGCACGAACCCACGCUCAGGCUGCUGGGCAGGCUACCAGCAAACAUCAGCAGCAGCAGCAGCAGCAGCAGCAGCAACAGCAGCAGCAGCAGCAGCAGCAACAGCAGCAGCAGCAGCAACAGCAACAGCACGUGCAGCAGUUCAUGCAGCAGCAGCAGAAGCAACUGCAGUGA